AUGCUCUGCAAAAGAGCCGCGCACGAGGGAGACUGUCCCGAUGAAGACGAGGAGGUUCUCCAGCUGUCCGAGCGCGAGGGAUGGCGGCGCUGCUUUCAGUGCCGGAAGGUGAUAGAGCUUGGUGUGGGCUGCAAUCACAUCACGUGCCGGUGCGGUGCAGAGUUCUGCUACGUCUGUGGCACAAAAUGGAGGCAAUGCAGAUGUGAGAUCUAG